GUCCGUGAUUUGGUCUCGAAGCCUUCGGUCGUCGUGCGAGUAGUUCCCCUCCUGGAUACCCCGACCCGUGCCCCCGUCCGUCAGGUGAAAUGAUCCAAAUAAUGAUGAUGGUCGAAACCAGUGCUAAGAGUGUGCAAUUUUUUAAAUAUUAAUGAGAGAAAUUCUGUGAAAGGCGAAACACGCAGAGUGCAAUUUGUUGGCGCAACGAAACUUCUGACACAAAAAUAACUCGGCUUAAAAUUCAAUUGAAUUUAUAAAUAUAACAACCUUUUGGAUAAGAAAACUAAGCGAAAUAGGAGAAAUAAUACCUCCAAGAUGACCUGCGGCAUAUCGUGUGUCGAUAAGACACUAAACAAAUCCUUCUACCACCUGGGAGUUUGCAUAGCCAAGCACCCGGGGUAUUUUAUCAUCAUUCCGGUGCUCCUGACGAUGCUCUGUAUGACGGGCUACCAGCAGCUAAAAUAUCAAAUCGAUCCCGAGUAUCUGUUCUCACCAAUUGCGGGGGAAGGCAAGACUGAGCGCGCCAUCGUCGAGCAGUAUUUUAAAGUGAAUUACACGCAUCGCUUCAAUGUCGGACGCAUUACGAGGCCCGGUCGCUUCGGUCGAGUCAUUGUGAUAACGAAAGAUGGAGACGACAACAUGAUUAGGCGCGAGGUGUUCCAGGAGCUGCGCCAGCUGGACGACAUCAUUCAGAAUGCCAGCACCACCUACGACGGGGACACGUACACCUACAAGGACAACUGCGCCCGAUGGGAGAGCGAGUGCUUCGAGAACGACAUCCUCAAUCUGGACGCACUGAUGGAUGAUAUUGAAGCGGGUCAGCUUAACCUGACUUUCCCCUUCAUGUUCAAUCCAGUUACCUGGGAUGCUCAUCUAUUCCCCGUGUUCUUUGGCGGAACCAAACUCACCGAGGACAACAUUGUGAUCAGUGUCCCGGCCAUACAGCUGGUGUAUUUUGUGACAGCCGACACUAAGCGUCAGGAUGCCAAGGGUGCGGAAUGGGAGGAAACAUUUCUGAAGGUCGUUGGACAAGCAGAGGAAUCCGGACGGUUUAAACACAUAUCGGUCUCAUACUUUGCCUCUCGUACUCUGGAUCACGAAUUGGAGAAAAACACCAAGACUGUAGUGCCCUAUUUUAGCUCCACAUUUCUGCUGAUGGGUUUGUUUAGUGUCAUUACCUGCAUGAUGGGAGAUGCUGUGCGCUCCAAGCCCUUCCUGGGUCUAAUGGGUAACGUCUCAGCUAUUAUGGCCACCUUAGCUGCUUUUGGCCUGGCUAUGUACUGCGGCAUUGAGUUUAUCGGCAUCAAUUUGGCAGCCCCUUUUCUUAUGAUCGGCAUUGGCAUUGAUGACACGUUCGUUAUGUUGGCCGGUUGGCGGAGGACAAAGUCCAAAAUGCCUGUACCAGAGCGAAUGGGCCAUAUGAUGUCAGAGGCAGCCGUCUCCAUCACCAUCACCUCGAUCACCGACUUCAUCUCGUUCCUGAUCGGCAUCAUCAGUCCCUUCCGAUCGGUGAGGAUCUUCUGCACGUACUCGGUGUUUGCCGUCUGCUUCACGUUCCUGUGGCACAUCACCUUCUUUGCCGCCUGCAUGGCCAUCUCCGGGUACAGGGAGCGCAAGAAUUUGCAUUCCAUUUUCGGUUGCCGGGUCCAGCCGAUGUCGGUGGCCAUCAAAGAGAAGCGCAACUUCCUCUACAAGGCAGUGAUGGCGGGUGGCAUCGACCCCAAGGAUCCCGACAAUCCCGUGGACAACAAGGACCACAUGCUCAUGGCCUUCUUCAAGGACAACCUGGCCGCGGUGAUCAAUAACAAAUGGUGCAAGAUCAUUAUAAUUCUGGCCUUUGCCAGUUACCUGGCUGGUGCUUGCUAUGGCAUAACCCAGAUCAAGGAGGGCCUCGAGCGACGCAAGCUAUCCAGGGAGGACUCCUACUCAGUGGAGUUCUUCGAUCGCGAGGAUGACUAUUACCGCGAGUUUCCCUACAGAAUGCAGGUUAUUAUUGCUGGACCUUUGAACUACUCGGAUCCCGUGGUACAAGAGCAGGUGGAGAACUUGACCAGCACCUUGGAGCACACCUCGUAUGUGACUUCCAGACGGUACACAGAGUCGUGGCUGCGCUCGUUCCUCUCCUUCCUGGAGCGCAACAAUGAGCUGCUUAACGUGACCGUAGACGACGAGCAGACCUUCAUAGAUGCAGUUAAGGAGCACUGGCUGUUCCCCGGCAAUCCCUUCUCGUUGGACGUACGCUUUAACGAUGACGAGACCCAGAUCAUAGCCUCAAGGUUCCUCAUCCAGGCGGUCAACAUCACGGAUACUAACCACGAGAAGGAAAUGGUGCGGGAUCUGCGGAAAAUCUGCAAGGACUCGCCCCUGAACGCCUCCAUCUUCCAUCCCUACUUUGUGUUCUUCGACCAGUUCGAACUGGUGCGUCCUGUAUCGCUGCAGGCUAUGGUAAUCGGAGCUGUGAUUAUGAUGAUCAUCUCCUUCAUCUUUAUACCCAACAUCCUGUGCUCCCUGUGGGUAGCCUUCUCCGUCAUCUCCAUCGAGCUCGGAGUGGCCGGCUACAUGGCCUUGUGGGACGUUAACCUGGACUCCAUAUCGAUGAUAAACCUGAUCAUGUGCAUUGGCUUCUCCGUGGAUUUCACCGCUCACAUCUGCUACACAUACAUGUCCUCGAAGAAGCGCAAUCCCAAGGCUCGUGUUCGUGAGGCCCUCCAUUCCCUGGGCCUGCCGAUUGUCCAGGGCUCGAGUUCCACAAUUCUGGGCAUCGUUGCCCUGCUGCUGGCCCAGAGCUACAUCUUCCUGGUCUUCUUCAAGAUGGUCUUUCUGGUGAUCUUCUUUGGCGCCAUGCACGGACUCUUCCUGCUGCCUGUGUUGCUCUCGCUCUUCGGACCCGGCUCCUGCCUCACCUGGACGGGCAGGGAUGACGGCAGCGAAGUCGAGAUGGAUGACAGCCUAGACGAGCGGCAGCUGGAGAAGCCAUUCUCGCAAUCCUACUACAUGCAGUACCCGACCAUGGGCAUCAAUGGACCCUACAGCUCCAAGGGCUUCCUGGGCGCCCCCUACAAGGCAUACGGCGUGGACGAGAAGGACCUGGGCCUAGGCACCUCCGGCGAGGAUUCCUCGGAGAGCAGUUCGAGUCGGUCGCAGCGCCGUCAUCAACAGGCGGCCGCCGCCGAGGAGGAGGCUGUCAUUCGGGAGUCACCUCGUCGUCGUUACGAGGAAGGCUGGCGACGUUCCUCUUACCAGAAUAUUUAUGGAGCUCAAGGGGCGAACCAGUUCCAGGCCCAGCCUGAUCUCUAUGGCCAGCAGGUGUCGGCGGCCGAGUGGCGCCAGCGUCUGGAUGCCCACGAACAGCAGCAGCGCCACCGUCAGGGACAGCGUCGCGGUCCUUACGAGAACUACCACCUGGACAUGGAAAUGGAUAUGCAACGGGCGCGACGUAACUCCCAUGGCGAUGUCAUCGACCUCCACGGAACGCCAAAUUCUUCCGCAGAUGAGCGCCUGCGACGACCAAGGGAACAGCUCAGUGCUGGCAGCGGCGACGACAGCAGCUACGGUCAGCAGCAUGGGACGCCUCCGCCAGCCUCCGGCUCCGUUCCGCCGGCAAAGCGAUACCACCGCCGACGAUCCUCGGAGGACUCGACCACGCGCCAUCAGCGCUGGCCAGCGAACAUCGAGGAGCGGAGAGCGCGCCGCACCCACUCGCCCGCCCAGCACCGCCCAGAGACUGCCACGCCCAGCUUCGCCUACCGCUCCUCCUCGCACCACAAUCUGUACCAGCCGAACGGGAAGGGGUCGAAGCAGCCGCCCACCUAUCAGUACGGCGACUACUACCACUGAGGAAGGAGUUGGAGAGCUCUGCUCGGGGCUAUGUGACAGGAAUUAAGCUACAAACUAGAGAGAUGGGUGGGUCACGUCUUCCGAAAUUGAUUCACUAGAAAGGGCGUAGAAUUUGCACCUUAGAAUUACAGAUUUUUAUAAUUUAUAGGUAGGAAUUUGGUCAGUUUAUGAAUCCCCUGCUGUACUCUAAAGCUUGUAAGUAAUAUUAUAUAAUAGUGUUUCCUCCCAGUCAGUCCCAUAGAAUUGACCCGCCCAAGCGUAGAUAGAUAUAGAAUGUGGGUGAAAGCGAGGGAGCAGAGCAAACUGUCUUGUCAAACGAUGAUCUAUUUAAGUCAAAGAACCUCCUCCAUUUCCGAUGGAUCUGCCUUCACUCCUCAUCGUGUACUUGCCCCCGUCUAUAGACAAAGGACUACCACGUUCAGACUAUAUAUAUUUACAAAACCUGCGAUUGGGCCACCCAAGCUCCCAGCUGUGAGCUCAAAAUCAAAAUCAGUUUAGUUCGAUAAGUCCGGUUCGAUUUAUUUAUCCCAAAACAUUUCAUCGAGAAGAGCUCGAGUCAGAAAACUUAUGGUACCAUCUACACAAACACUAUGCAUCUAGUUAAAUGUAGGCUACUUGAGUGAGACUUAGGGUUCCCCAUUCCACUGUUUAUUUAAAUUAAUUUAGAUUUAGUGCGCGAGUCAAUGAUGUUCUGCUGAGUAUAUAUUUAAUGACUAUUAACUGUUAGGGAUGGCCAAAUCACGACCUGCUACCACUACCUAGUUCUGUAAGAAAUUUGGGACAUGUUUG